GCCUAGCUUGGGCAGCGCCGCCGCCCGCACCGCUGAGCUUCGCGCCGGUCUUCGGGGAUUAUGUUGUGCUGCAGCAAGCCCCGGCACAGGCAGCCAUUUUCGGUGAUGUGAACGAUAGCAGCCUGACGUCGGUGACGGUGAAGGUGGAGGAUGCGGAUGGCAAAGUCAUGCUCUCCAAAGAGGCAUCAGUGCAUGGCGGUCACUGGAAAGUUCUGCUUCCUCCACAGAAAGCAGGUGGUGACUGGUCCAUCAGUGCUACAGCAGGAAAGAACUCCAUCGUCUUGAAACACGUGACCUUUGGAGAUGUUUGGUAUUGCUCUGGACAGAGCAACAUGGCUCUACAGCUGCACUACACCAUGUCGCGCAACAUCAGUUUUAAUGCCAUCAAGGCCGGAAAGUACAGCAAUAUUCGCAUCCACGGUUUGUACAGCAACAUGAAUCCGGCACAGCCCUGGCAGAAGGUUUCAGAUGCCAUUCAGAGCCCCGAAAGCUGUGACACUGGAUCGUGUGCUUUCUUCAAGUUUUCUUCCACCUGCUGGUACUUUGCGGAAAGUCUGUCGGACCGGCUGCACCACAACACGCCCAUUGGAUUGAUUCACACGGCGUGGGGCGGCAGCAUGAUCGAAGCCUGGUUGGACAACAAAACCAUCUCGACGUGCAAGAAUGCAAGCAUCGGUGCAGGGAACCAGAAGUAUCACGAUGAGCGCGUGUUACCCUAUGUCAACAUGACGCUCAAGGGCUGGAUUUGGUAUCAGGGUGAAAACGACAUGCACGGCAGCCACGGCAACAGUGCCUUGGGCUAUGGCUACGGCUGCAUGGCGCAGAAGUUGGUCUCCUCCUGGCGCCAGAUGUGGAGCCUGGAAGCCGAGACCACGGAUCCCUUGGCACCCUUUGGAUUUGUGACCUUAGCCCCCAGUGGAGGCGAAGGCGGCCGCAGCAUGGGUGCCAUGCGAUGGGCGCAGAGCGCCAACUAUGGCGUGGCGCCCAACCCGGCCAUGCCGCGCACGUUUAUGGCCCAAGCCUUUGACUUGGAUGACCCAUUUAGCAACAUCACCUGCUAUCGGAAGGGCUGCUGUGGUGCAGCCAAGGAGGGCUGCGAGAGUUGCUUGGGACCAAAUGGCUACUGUGCCAAUCUCAGUGCGACCAACUUCUACAUGGGACCCAUUCACCCACGCGACAAGAAGCCCGUGGGCGAUCGCUUGGCCAUGGCCGCUGUGAGCGUUGCAUAUGGAAAAGGAACGGCCUUUACGGGGCCGACCCUUUCUGGAUGUCAUGUUGCGAAUGGAAAAAUCAUUGUGGAGUUCAACAGGUCGCUACUGGGCUCGGACCACUUGUUGGUCAACGACUACAAGGCUUUAGCCUCCAGCCGCUUGGAAAUUUUGACCAACAAGUCCCUCUUCUGUCUGCAGACCAGCGGCCGAGAGGACACGGAAUGCAUAGAUGAUGGAAGUGGACGUCCUGCUGGUCAUGGAGCCUUUGAGGACGAGAAGACCUGGGUGUCGGUGGAUGUGCAGCAGGCGUCUCCCACGUCUUUGUCAGUGGACUUGUCCAAGACACAAGGAGUUGCGUUUGGGAUUCGUUACGCUUGGACGGGCGAUUGCUGCGACAAGAGGCCAGCCACUGGUGCUGCGUGCCCCAUCGCCUCUUGCCCUUUGAUGGGACAGCAGUCCCAGCUUCCGGCCAACCCCUUCAUCGCGCGCAUUGAGAACGGACGUUGCCAGUGUGUGGCACCGCAGAGAUGUGAUGAGAGCCUCUCGAGUGAUCAGAUCACCGCAAUCGUUGUGUA